UCUAUCUAUCUAUCUCUGGAUACUGCCAACCCCUCUUACGAGUAUUAAAGGCAGGAAUUUAGUGCACGUCGGAUUGUUAGUAAAAGGUGAAAAGAAAAGCUAAAAAAGAAAAGUCCAAACAUUGACAUGCUUGGAAGACAGCCGACCAAUCACAACGAUGUAACCAUGACAUUAAAGUCACAUGAUCUGCAUCAGCCGAAUGUGCCUCUUUUGAUAAACAGAGGCCUUGCUCAUUCAACCCUGGUGUUCUAAAAAUAGAUUUGUGUAUACAUGUGGUAGAGUGGUGAAUUACAAAUGGCAGCAUACACAUGUGAAGAAAUUUGAAGAAUUUGGCAUCAGAUACACAGUUAUAGAAGAGUUGAAGAUUAAAGAAUGAAAGGCAGUAACCGUGGAAACAUGAAAGAGGAGACUGGUUCUGCUGUCAAGCCUCGUAUUGGUACCAGAAGUACAGGUCAGGCAAGCAUUAGCUCGUCAAGGAGUCUUAGGGCCAUGAAGUCAGGCAAUUCAAGUGCAAGCCCCAACAUGAUCUCGCCAAGACGUUUGCGGUCAUUAAGUCCAGGCACAAAAGAUGUGAAGUUGAGACCAAAGAGAGCUAAAGUGGAAAAAGACCAAGACACUCCAAAAGCUCCAAAGUCUGCUGAAUCCACACUGAAACAAACAAACUUACCUAACCCAGAACCUAGUGAACAGAGCUUACAAAGUGUACCACUUAGCCAGACCACACCUAAAGGAGCAGGAAUACGCACACGGCUCUCUACGGGAAGUAUUCAGAUGAACGGCACCAUGACGAUCUCAGCUGCAAAGGAAAAAGCAGAAAUGGAUCAGAUUAUUAAGCAAAUUACUAAAAAUGACCCAGUGUCAGCAACGAAAACUCCACCAUCUGGUGUUAGAAAGAGACCAACAGCAAUCACACCAAAUGAAAUAUUACCAGGUGACCACCCCCCACCAAAAAAGAGAAAAAUCGGCAGAAAUGAUGGGAGUGGCGAGGACAAUUGUAAUGACUAUUUCUGUUGGCUUUGUCAUAAAGAGGGGAUGCUGGUCUGCUGUGAAUUGUGUCCUAGGGUAUACCACACCAGGUGCCUUGGCUUGAGUGCUGAGCUCCCUCAGGAUUGGGUCUGCCCUGAAUGUGAGAAAAUAAUGAGGGCAGAAUGUGUUGACACGAGGUCAAAAGCCAUGGAGAUGUUGACUAUAGAACAACUUUGUACUCUUCUUAAAUAUGCCCUCGAAAGAAUGAAACAUGCAGGGAGUGAACCUUUCCAGAAGCCAGUAGACAUAAGUGCCGUUCCAAAUUAUUCAGACUAUAUCUUUCACCCGAUGGACCUUACUACUCUUGAGAGGAACAUCAAGAAGAAGAUGUAUGGUUGUACAGAGGCCUUGCUUGCCGACGCCAAAUGGAUCCUUCAUAAUUGUAUCAUAUAUAAUGGAGCUCACCAUAAAUUAACCAACAGUGCUAAGAUGAUCAUCAAAAUAUGUAAACAUGAAAUGAAUGAAAUUGAGCUGUGUCCAGAUUGCUACCUCAACUCAUGUGUUCGUAAAGAUGAUGAAUGGUUCUCUGAUACUUGUAGAGUGCCUCAUACUUUGGUGUGGGCUAAGUUAAAAGGGUAUCCAUUUUGGCCUUCAAAGGCGCUCAGAGAAGUUGAUGGACAGGUUGAUGUGCGAUUCUUUGGAGCACAUGACAGGUCUUGGGUUCCUGUAUCUCAGUGUUUCUUGUUGUCUAAAAACAUACCUACCUCCUUACAGAAAGGAAAGAAAAACAAUGGUCUAGAUAUGGCUAUUGAGGAGCUUAACCUUCAUGUUAAGAAACUGCGAGAGAAAUUUGGUGGUUUUCAAUAUGCCCCAUUUAGAACACCAUAUGACAAAAGUGACAGUUACAAACCAAUUACGCUGAAACCAGAACUUCCCUCCAAACCAAACAACUCUCUCAGGUUAUCACAAAGUAAAGAAUCUAAGACUGGAAAUAGUUCUUCCUUUUCUGGUAGUAAACCAAACAUUCUGCGAAAAUCUGUUGCUAAAAUAAGAAACAAAUAUAAUGCCAUGGUGAGUUUGAAAAAACUAGAGUUGAGCCCAGAAAAGGGGAAAAAGAUACCAGUUGUAGAUGGAAAAUGUGGUGUAGUGGAAGCUAAUGAUGAUGAAGAACAUGUUGUACAGGUUGAACAUGAUAUUACUGAUAAAUCUGAUGAAUCUAGAAAUAAGGAUAAAAUAGAAUCUGGUGUAAAUAAAGGUAUUCAACAAGACUCAUCUGAAUUAGAGAAAUAUUUGACAGGAAAUGUAACAGUUGAAGAUAAAGCUACUGGAAAGGGUAUUAAAAAAUCAUUUGUAAGUUCUAAUUUAAUAGAGCAGAUUGAAAAUAAACUGAAAGGUCUUGUUGAAGAGCCAGUGAAAGAAGGUGAGGUUACAGAUAAAGAAUUAAAAAACUUGACAGAUGAAAAGUCUAAAACAGUGGAUGAUUCAAUGCCACCAAAAGAACAUGUGGCUAAUGCUGAUGAAGUAAGUAAACUCAUUAGUAAUGAAAGUAGUCCAGAAAAAAGUGACAGUAAUGUUAAUCAAAUAAUAGGUGAAAAUAAAUUAGAAGGUCAAUCACUAGACUCUGUUUCUGAAGUUGUUAAGGAAAACUUGCCACAAAAGAUGGUUGAUAAUGCAGGUUCAGAUAACCAAUUGGAAAGUAAACAGACAGAUGUUGUUAGUAAAGAAAUUGAUGUUCCAAAGGUAGAAACUAGUAAAACUGAGACUGAAUCAAAAGAUUCAUAUAGAAAGAAAUUAGAUACUAUGAUAAAAUCAUGUAAAGAAAAAUUAGGUAUGGAUAAUGAAAAAGUAGAGGAUAUUGACAGUGUAAUAAGUGAAAAUGAUGAAGAUGAUGAAGAAGAUAGUACUGAUGAUGACGAAAAUGAGGACACAGUGGAAAGUGAUGAUAAUUCUGAAGAAAGUGAAUCUGAAGAUACACCUGAGGAAAGCAAGGAUAACUCUGAAAUGGAUUUGGCAAAUACAGAUGUAGCAAAACUUACUGACUUAAAGAAAGUUAAUGAACAAGACAAGAAUGGAAUAUCAUUGAAUGAAAAAUGUGGAAAGGAUGGUGAAAAUGAGGGAAAACUUAACGAUGAUUCAUCUAAAAUAACUCUUGAAAAACAUUCUGGUGCUCCUGAUUCAAAUGAACAAAAUAAAGAGCCAAAAUCUACCAAUAUGCCAGGAGAUAAAAGUGAACUUGAUCAUCAAAAAGACAAAAAUUUGCCCGUUGAGAUAUCAAAAGCAAGUGAUACAAAUACUGAGAAAAGUGAUAAUUCUGAAAGAAAGUCCUCCAAAGUGGCUGAUUUAACUAGUUCUGUUUUGCAAGAAAGUGCUGAGAAUUCAAACUCUUUAAAAGGAAAAGAUGUGUCCAAAAAUGAAGGUAAAGGUAAAUCAAUGGACAUAGAUGGAAAAACCCUGGAUCCAUGUUCUGGUGAAUUUAUAGACAAAAUUUGUGAUGAAGAUUCAGACACUGAGCGGCUGGUUAUAGAUUUGGAAGAUGGAGGAAAUGACAAAAAGUCAAAGAAAAUUGAGGGGAAAAGUAAAAUGUCUCAUAUUGACCCUAUCCCUAAUGUUCUAGAUAUAGAAAAGGAGUUAACAAAACCAAAGAAAGUUUGUGUCGAAGACAAAAUAGUGGAAAUUGACACUGCACCCAAACGUAGAAUAAACACUUCUGAACCAAAUGCUAGUACAGAUAAAGACAUUGUACCAUCUGUUAAAUCUGUAGAAAAAGAAAAUUCAAGCAAAGUAUUGGACAAGACACAGUCUAGUGAUUUGAAUAAUAGAAGAAGGAAGUCUAGUUCACCAUUAAACAAAGCACAAUCUACUGAAUCAGUUAACAAGGCACAAUCAAUAUCACCAAUAAACAAGGCACAGUCUAAAGAGCUUGAUGAUAAAGAUGUCGAACUUAUGGAUAUAGAAGAUGAUGAUGAAGUUCAUGAAGACUUUAGUUCAGGUACAAUGGAUAUGGAAUCGGGCUUACCGUCAACCUUGGAGUCUAGUUUACCAUAUAAGAACUUCGCAAAACCUCCAGAUGUAGACAAUAUUGAUGAAGUUCCCUCAAGCAGCAAGAUUGCAGAGAAAUUUUCUAAGAAGUUAUUGGAAAAGAUACAGGAGACCGUAGAUGAAAUGUGUUCCGAGGUUAUAAAAGAAAAAAGUGAUGCGAAAUCUGUAGAAUCAAUGAACCAAAAACUGAAACAGGCGAGGUGGAACUACUUUGCCGAGUUGAAUGAGCUGAAACAUAACUUCCAGCUUACAAUGUUUGAGAUGAAGUCGGGCUGGGAUUCAGAGAAAGAUCAGAUUGUUAAAGCUCUAACUACAAAACUUCAGACAGAGAAAGAACUUGCCAUUAAGGAAGCAAAGAAAAAACAAUGGUGUGCUCAAUGUGGAAAAGAGGCUAUAUUUUACUGCUGUUGGAAUACUAGUUACUGUGAUUACCCGUGCCAACAAAACCACUGGCCUCAACACAUGCAUACCUGUCUACAAACAAAUAAAGAUAAAACAUCAGCUGUGAACACAACUAGUUCAGUAAAUGCAGGUCAAAAGGGUCAAGGUUCAAAUGUUACUCCAUCAUCAGCCAGUGCUCCUGUGUCAGCAACAACAAAUGUAGGGCCUCUUACCUCAGUCAGUGGUGCUAAUCCACCUGCAGAACCAGAUCAUUUGAGACGACUUCAGGAUAAUCUUACGAUGGCGUUACAGCGUGAAGAAGAAAAGCGGGGUGAAGGUCGGCCAGGGGUUAGUCCGAAGUUUAACCCACCAAUGUCGUCUCCGCUCAUGCAAAACAUAAGACAGCCGGGAUCAGCACCUGGAAAUAUGAUGUUCAACAUGCAACAACAGAUGCAGCCAAAUAUGUUACAACAAUUACAACGAAAUAGAUUCCCAAGUCAACAACAGAUGGCGAUGCAAGUACAGCAACGUUCAAAUCUGCCUGUGUCACAGCAGCAACAACAAGGUAACCCACGCAUGAUGUUCUCACAGCCGCUCAUACAACAGACAAUAUACCCACUUCAAGUUCAGCCUCAACAACAGAUCGCCCAACAACAACUUGGAGGGACAAUUUUGUUUCAAAAUGCACAACCAAAUUUAAUGACUUACGGAAUGCCUCCACGUCCGUACUGACUUUGAAAAAGAAAUUGUACGGGACCAAGUGAACUUUUUAAGUAAGAAAUGUUAAGUGCUACUAAAAUAUGGCAUUAUGAAAUAGUCCUGGUUUGGUUUUGACGAAAGGAAUUAUAAUUCUAAUAUCCAGAAAUGUCACCGAGUUCAGAACUUUGCAAAUGUGACAUUACAGCCUGUCCAGGGAAUCGAUACAGUCAAGGUCUCGGAGAUCAAAAAUAUGGAUAAUAUUUAGUUAGAAUUGUAGUUGUAUUCUGUUGUUUUCAUUUGCAGAUUUUCUAAGAAUUUUUUGUGUCCCAUGAAAUAAUAAUGAGUAUGAAAAAUGUUCAAAUCAAAGAUAUGCAUAUGAAUUUUUUUUUUAAUUCAAUGAAUUUUGGGAAGCAGUUGAUAGAAUAAAUAAAUGGCUAAUUUUAUUUAGGAAAUAGUUCAUACUUCUAUGUGAUCUCAUUAGUCAAAUGCAUUAGGAAUGAUUAUUGGUCAGACACUGUUUGAGCCGCGUCAUGACAAAACCAACAUAAUGGGUUUGCGACCAGCAUGGAUCCAGACCAGCCUGCGCAUCCGCGCAGUCUGAUCAGGAUCCAUGCUGUUCGCUUACAAACCCUAUAACAAGUAGACACUGAUAGCGAACAGUAUGGAUCCUGAUCAGACUGUGCGGAUGCGCAGGCUGGUCUUGAUCCAUGCUGGUCGCAAACCCAUUAUGUUGGUUUUGUCGUGACGCGGCUCAUUUUGUUUUUCAUAACUCAUUGUAGUUUUAGCUCACCUGAGCACAAAGUGCUAUGCUGGGAGUUAGCUUUUGUGAUGUCAAUGUGCCUGUCAUUUGUUGUUGUCUAUAAAUUAAACCACUACAUAGAUUUUGACCAAGUUUCACAGAAAUGAUCUAUAGAUGGGCCUCUACAAAAGUCUUAUAAAUCAUAUCCCUGGAGUCAAAUUGACACUACCCUGGGGGUCACUUAGUUUAUAAAGACUUGUACGGAAAAAAGCAAUGCCCAGAGAUUUGAUAUUUGGCAAACUACAUUG